AUGACGCACGUUCUACUUCUCUCUGUCAUCUUCGGUGUUUGUUGUACGUUAGCGGAGAAAAGUGAAUACACGACGACGACGACCGAAAAUUCGGAAAAACUUUCCAAUUCGAAAGACCAAUUCCUGGCAAGUGCCAUUCGCGGUAAAAACUCGUCGGAGCUUGCUCUGGAUAACAUCGACGAGGAAGAAAUAAAAAAAACAGAUAAGAAACCGAGAACCGUCUUACAUCGCGACUCGAGUCUUGAAAGAGAUAAUUCCAGUUGCUGCAGUUCUAAGUACAGUCCUAGCGGAUUCGCACGACCGGAUUAUAAUUACAACAGGAUUCCUUUAGAGACCGGACGAUAUUCUUCUCAAUAUAGCGAGCGUCCCAUUGAUAGAUACGGAUGGCAAACGCAAGUUCGGCCCCCAGGUUCCAUCGGAAACGGUGACAGGCCUGGUGCAGGAAGCGGAAGCGCAGUCUACGCAGGAAGUCAGUCGGGAGACAGGUAUGGACCGCGUCCAGCAAGCGAUUCUAAUAGACCUAUCACUUUGGGAUACGGUUCGGGAAACGGUGGAGGAUACGGUUACGUCGUUAGCGGUUAUGGAGGCUAUGGUAGACCAACUGGACAUGGAGGUUCGAUCAGCGGCUAUGGGAUUUCGGGAACAUUGGCGGAUGGUGACGAAUUCGGCCCAAACGAUGCGGCUUAUCCGGAUGUAAGCACGCCACAAGGAAAUAUUCAAGCACAAAAGGCAAUAGCGUUAAAGGCCCUAGCUGGCGUUGCAUUGAUCGGGGCAGCAGCGGCGUUAGCUUCAAACCCAGUUUUUCUGCCAAUCGGGAUUGUGUCUGGUAGGAGAAAAAGAUCGGAGACUUUCUCGGAGAAAGAACAAACCGAUUACCAAAUGGAUUACAUUUUGUACAUGUUGAAAGAAAAUUUAGCUAAGAUACGAAAAGAUAGUUCGAGCGGCAGACUUGUGAUCUCUCCAAGAUGCGUCGCCAGGUUAACUUGUGAAAUUCAAAAGGAUUACUUGUCUGAUGUUGGAAAAGACGUCGAGAUCUUGAGUACAAAUCGGAAAUAUCAUCUUACCGAUCUAAUACGAAAUAAUGUACUCAAUACCAAUACGGUGAGCGUAGCCGUAAAGGAUUUGAUCGAGCUGGCUGUUGGCGUAGCGGCGAAAAACGAAAGUUGUGACACGUUUACUUGUAAUUACAUAAGAAAAGCUUAUAAGUAAGAUUGUUGUAAUCACACAAUUCUAUUAUUACUUAUCCAACUAUUUAAUAAAGGAGGAUGUAUACACGCACGCAAAAAAUAAAGCUUGUUUAUAUAAUAUCAUAUAG